CAGCACGUCGGCGAGCAGUACGACUGAGAGCAGCACCACGGGUAUGACGAUAAGACCAGUACCAGCGGCACCACUACGCCCAGCACGUCGGCGAGCAGUACGAGCGAGAGCAGCAACGCGAGGAUGACGAGUGCGACCAGUACCAGUGGCCCCACUACGCCCAGCACGGCGGCGAGCAGUACAACCGAGAGCAGCACCACGAGUAUGACGAGUACCACCAGUACCAGCGUCACCACUACGCCCAGCACGUCGGCGAGCAGUACGACUGAGAGCAGCACCACGGGUAUGACGAGUAAGGCCAGUACCAGCGGCACCACUACGCCCAGCGCUUUGGCGAGCAGUACGACCGAGAGCAGCACCACAAGUGUGACGAGUAAGACCUGCACCAGCGGCACCACUACGCCAAGCACGUCGGCAAGCAGUACGACCGAGAGCACACCACGAGUGUGUCGAGCGCGACCGAGACCAGCAGCGCCACUACGCCUAGCACGUCGGCGAGCAGUACGACCGAGAGCAUCUCCACGAGUGUGACGAGCACAACCGAGACCAGCAGCAUCACUGCGUCCAGCCUGUCGGCGAGCAGAACCACUGACAACAGCAUCACUUUCGGGACGAGCACAACCGAUACCAACAGCACCGCCCUGCCCAGCCGCGUCGGCGAGCAGUACGCCCGAGGGCAGCACCACGAGUGUGGAGAGCACGACCGGUACCAGCAGCACCGCCACGCCCAGCGCGUCGUCGAGCACUAUGACCGAGAGCAGCACCAUGAGGGUGACGAGACCACCACAACCACGACCACCCCGACAUCGACGACGACUAACGCAACGCCCACGACCAACACGACCACGACCACCGCUAAGACCACGACGACCACCACCACGACCACGACACCUGGACCACCACGACCAGCACCGAGAUUACGCAACGCACGACCAUUGCCGACGCCACGACCUCGACCUCGACAACGACGAUUCGAUCACGACAAUGACGACCACCACCACGGUCACCACUGACCGACACCAGCGUGACAUUCUGAC